UCCACGCCUAUCGUCACCAUGCCUCUCCCAAUAGAUGAUCGCGGCGUCUGGUCGGAGGCUCCGCUGACGGUUGGAUGCUUAGCCUGCCCGUUAAAGCUUCUCCUAGUUCGGUUGCCCGUCAGCGUGAUGAUGCUGCUGAUGGGAGAGAAGGUGGAAGCCAGGGAAAGAUAGAUGCUACGAUCGGAUCGAGGCUACCGAUGGUGGCACAUUAUUCGAUUUUUUUUCCCACUGAAGACAUCCUUUAUAAAGGAUACUUUUACAUAAAAAACCAUAAGGAACAAAACGAGGAUAUGGACGGACGUUAGUGCAAUCAAUGACAUUUCGGUGGAUUUGUGAAAUAUCCAGCACAUUGUCGCCACAUAACGUUCUGCACCAGUUUUUUUUGUUUUUGCUGUUGUGAGUAAAUCAAGGGUUGUGCUUUAUAUAUGCUGGGAAAAGCACGGCACGCACGGUUUCUUAAAUGGAAAUUUAAAUGCAAAAUCACUGGAAUUAACUGAAUUUCGCCAGCGAAAUCACGGCACUGAUGCACCUCCAAAGCGCACUCCACCUGGGAGUUCGACGGAGAUUUCUAUCCUGUUUGCACUUUUAGGUGUUACUUUUCUCUCGAGUUAUAUUAAGAAGGCUGCAUAAAAGUGACAAAAUGGUUUUGUUUCGGCCGAUUUUUUUGUUCUAAAUUUACCGAGUAAUCAAAAUAAAUAAAAACCCAACUCGUCGCGUGUAUGUAAUUUUACCGAAUCGGUUAUUUAUUCGUUAAUUAGUUAUUGGAGUGGAAAUGUACUUAAGGUGAUCUAUGGAUCACACGUUAAGAGUAUGUUUAAUCAAGUCAGGCUAGUAAAAAAUGAAAGUUUUGUAUCAGCCCUAACGUUGAGGCUGCCGUGAGAAUCGAUGACUGAUCCGUUGGGAAUAAUAAGCAAAAUGUCGGACAUUAAUUAUUUAAAAAGAAGCACGCAGAAUAAAAUCUGAUGGAAAAAGUUAACUUGACCAUAAAAAGUAUCAAAAAGGACACGUGCAACAGGGCUACAAUAAGAUCAAUAGCUGACAGCUUAUUUUUCCUUUGUGAAAAAAACAGCUCCUCUUUCUGUGUAAUGUUUUCACUUUUUUCUGUAACGUCAUCAACAGGAAAAAUACGAAAACUAUUUUAGGCCAAGAUCUGUUAAUAUCGGAAGCGUAAAAUUUUACGGAUCAUGUGCUUUUAUCUGAUGAUGCUAUCAAAAUAAAAUUAAAGUAGAUAGCAGUGGAGCAAGGAAUCAGUGAGGAGUUACCCAUAUAUUUUCUAUUUACAGUAGUUGUCUUACAGGAAGAUAAACUAUUACUUUAAAUGGAGAUGCUUUGCGCAUUUAGUUUAAAUGCGAUAUUUUUCUGAAUGAAAUACACAAGCCUGACUCUUCGCAUAUGCACCGGUCGUUCAAGGUGAACUGUAGCUUGGUUCGUGAAGGCGUUGUGUUUUUUGGCGGCCGUCCGUUUUUCAGUGCAGUUUCCACCCCUGUUAUCCGUCUGACACCCACCUGCAUAUGUUUUGAACCGGCUAAGCGGGUUAUGGUUCUGCGAAGAUGCUGCGCUUCCCUGUAAAGAAAAUCCGGAAGCAGUUCAGACUCCUUCUCUUGUUAGUCCUGCUCACCUUUGCAGUAUGGUUUACGUACCUACACAUCAACCAAGGCAAAGCUAUCAAAGUCCAUCUAAACUACGGAAAAGAUGCGGAGAAGCAGGCAGGAGGGACAGACACCAGCCGCCAGAAGAGCUCGCACUCGGCUGCCGGUCACCACAAGAGCGACGAUGCGAGUGACAGCCGUGAAGUUGAGCCCGCGGAGGACGAGCCAAACAUGUUUGGGGAGGAGGGCAGAGACGCAGCUGAGAUCCGGAAGUUCCUGAGCCAGAAGGAGAACAAGUUACCAUGGAAACCAGAGUACAAAGGCCAGGCUAACCUUCAUGUGUUUGAAGACUGGUGUGGCUCCUCAGUUGCCCAACUCAGGAAGAAUCUCCACUUCCCUUUGUACCCUCAUUUGAGAACCACAGUGAAGAAACUGGCAGUUGCUCCAAGAUGGAAGAAUUAUGGCCUUCGGAUAUUUGGUUUCAUUCACCCAUAUAAGGAUGGGGAUUUCCAGUUUGCUGUGUCUUCCGAUGACAACUCUGAGUUUUGGCUGAGCCCCGAUGAGAGCCCCCAUAAUGCCAGGUUACUGGCAUACGUGGGCCGACUGGGAUCUGAGUGGACUGCUCCAGGGGAAUUCAGCAAGUUUAGAUCCCAGUCCUCCAAGUCUGUCCACCUGAUGUAUUCCAGGCGGUACUACUUUGAGGUUUUGCACAAGCAAGACGAUAAGGGGUCUGACCACGUGGAGGUUGGGUGGCGUCCCUUUCUGCCCGGACUGAAGUAUGAGGUUAUUGACUCUGCCUAUAUCUCCCUUUACACAGACGAGUCCAGCCUGAAGAUGAACAGUGUGGCUCACAUCCCACAGACCCUGGCCAGCCACAGCCGCAUGCCACGGGCGUCCCGUGCAACCGGUCGCCAUGGCGCUGACAUGCUGAAACCUGACCCCAGGGACACCUUCUUCAGCACUCCCAUGAUCGAAGUGGCACGCCUCAAGGACGUGCUGCCCACCUGCGCCUACUCCCCCUCCUAUGUGUUGAAGGAUUUCCCUAUCGCACGCUACCAGGGCCUGCAGUUUGUGUACCUUUCAUUCGUCUAUCCUAAUGACUUCACACGACUUACCCACAUGGAGAAAGAGAACAAGUGCUUCUACAGAGAAUCGCCCAUAUACCUGGAGAAGUUUGGCUUUUACAAAUACAUGAAGAUGGAUGAGGAAGAAGACGACAGGCCGUACUUCUUCGCUAACACAGAUGAAUUUCUGGAGGAGGAGCAAGGAGCUGCUUCGGAGGAUGAGCCCACAGUAGGAGACACAAAGCCACUAAGGGUGGGGGAGCAGGGCGGCCCCAUUAACCCUAAGGCCUCCGUGGGAACUGCGUUCCCGUCCGCAGCCAGCAGGCUGGGCAGAGCGAGACCUGUGCCCGACCAAUGGGGCCGGCAUUCCUCUGAGCAUGAGCUGGAUGGAAAAAGGAGUGGCAGCAUAGCGCCUGCAGAGCCACAGGGCCCUGUGAGCAGGGAGCAGCCAGAGCACGGCCAGGAACCUGCGUUCAGCACGGCUGUGGCAGUACGAGGCCGCACCCUUUCCUGGUCCCGAACGGGCUCUGGGGAGCUGAGCCGAAGAGGUGGCACAGAAGCUUUGUCCAAGCUCAACAAGUCAGCUCGGUUUUUCUACCACAGGAGUCCACUCCCAGCCUUGGCCGGCAAGGCCAAGGAGACACUCUUAUCUGCUAAUGCAGGCCGGAGCAUGUCCGCUAGUCCGAGAGCAAACGGCACACGCUUUGCUACAAAGAGUAAAGAGGACCAUAUUUACGUCACCCGGCCUCGGCCGUCCAAUAGCAGAAGGGGUCUUAUCCACCAACACGCAAGGGAGAUCUUCCCCGGACUCUUCCUGUAUCAGAAUGGCAAGACCACCAAGCUGGUCAAUUUGAGAACCAGACCUAAAAGAGAAAGAGGUGCAGCCCGAGGCCCCAAGCUGUGGCCCAGAUCCUCUCAGAGGAACAGCAAGACCUCUUUAUUGGGUGGAAAUUUUAGCCACACAGUCACCCAUAAGAUAUCUAACAAGGUAACUUCAACAAGGCACCACCAGAGGAGGAUAGAGAAUCGCCAGGCAGAAAGAGAGGAAGCUCCAGCCUCCACUAUUAACACUAGAAACAUUACCUCCAUCUUGCUUGAUGGGGAAACUUCUACAAUUACUCCAACAAGCCCCAAAACCCUUAGCCUCAAUUCCUCUGUGGACACCCUUCCCACAGUAGACAGCAUUAUUGUCUCAACAAAGACCUCAGAAAUUGAGUCCCAGGAGCAGCUUGGUCCUGAGCCAGGGGAGGGUCCAGAAGAAGGGGGCCUGUCCGAGUACAGCUACGAAGAGGCUGAAGCCCGGCCCAAUUGGCCAGAGGAGGCCAUCAACUGGCAGCGCACGUUUUCCGUCAACACCAUGGACUUUGAGGUACUACGCUCUGACUGGAACGACUUGCGCUGCAACGUGUCCGGCAACCUGCAGCUGGGAGAGGGCGAGGUGGUGGACGUGCUGGCCCAGUACAUAGAGAAGCUCAAUGAGCAGAAUGGCAGGAUCUACACAUUGCUUAGAAUCAUCAAUGUAGAAAAGAGACGCGACUCAGCCCGGGGGAACCGUUACCUGGUGGAGCUGGAGCUGAUGGAGCGUGGUAAGAAGGUGGUGCGGCUCUCCGAGUACAUCUACCUUCUGCAGCAUCCCGGCCACCCUGAGGAUGGCCAGGAUAACAGCGAGGGCACCGGCACCUCAGCCCAUGGCCUCUCCAAUGCCACAGGACAGGAAGGGCCCCUUCCUAGUGUCCAGGGUGCCCCAUCUCACGUUACCCCUCUAGCAAGCACGGCCUACGUCAAGCCCCUGCUGUGCCAGCCGGACACGUUGAAGUGGAGGCAUGAUGUCAUGGUCCAUUUUGUGGUGCCAGUAAAGAACCAGGCACGCUGGGUGCAGCAGUUCAUCUCUGACAUGGAGUUCUUGUACCAUGAGACCAAGGAUGACAACUUCAGCAUCAUUAUAGUUGACUUCCAAAGUGAUGACAUGGACGUGGAGCAGGCACUCAAGGACAGCACGGUGCCCAGAUAUGAAUAUUUGAGACGUGAGGGGAAUUUCGAGCGGUCUGCAGGCUUGCAAGUUGGAGUGGAUUCUGUCAAGGAUAGUCACAGUAUUGUCUUCUUGUGUGACCUGCACAUCCAUUUCCCCCUGAACAUACUGGAGAGCAUAAGGAAGCAUUGCAUCGAGGGCCUGCUGGCUUUUGCGCCCAUCGUCAUGAGACUGGCCUGUGGCAGCUCCCCCCAGGAGCCUGAUGGGUACUGGGAAGUAAAUGGCUUUGGCUUGUUCGGCAUUUACAAGUCAGACUUUGACAAAAUUGGGGGAAUGAACACAGAAGAGUUUAAAGACAGGUGGGGAGGAGAGGAUUGGGAGCUGCUUGACAGGGUUCUGCAGAAUGGCCUGGAAGUGGAACGUCUUAGACUGCGGAACUUCUUCCACUACUACCAUUCCAAACGGGGGAUGUGGAACACUGAGACACAGAAGAAGAGCCCCAAAGGCUAGCUUCCUGUGAAGCAACAAACAAAGGUUUCUCCAUGAAAGAAGAAAAUUUAGUUUUCUUUCUUGACACAGCCCAUCUGAGAGGGCUUUUCUGGAGUCAGUGGGAGCUGGACAAGCUGUAUCUCCCCUGUGGCCUGAGUUCUAGUCUCAGCUGCAGCACUUUCGCUGACAAACUCCAAGGAAACAUGUUAGAGGCAAGAAGUUUCACAAAGAAUCUUAUUAUUAUUACUAUGAUUUUAUUAUUCUUAAUGUUGCUCCAAAACUAAUAGCCUUAUCAGAGUAAUUCAUUUUAGAUUAAGCAAUUGGACCAAUUUAUUCGCAAAAUUCUUACUUUAUUCAUGGAUACACAGACAAGGAAAUAUAAAUGUUUUGGUUGGAGGUUAUUGUGGGGGUGUAACAGAUAUCGAGAAGCUUUUCAUUGUUGUAAAAUUUGUAUCUAUGAUAAGAGGGAAAUGGUGAGGGAAAAAUACACAGUGUAGCUAUUGGAAUACACUGGUGUGUGUUAGCUGGUAUAUGUGCUUGUCAAUGUUUUGUUUAUGGGCUCCAUGUGUCCAUGUGUCUACUAAGGCCUAAUACCUAACAUGUCCAUGGGAACCUCCACAAAUUAGCGCUGUGCUGCAAGUUUACCCUAAAUUAGUGGGUACAGGAGGUCACUAAUUUUAGAGUGUGUGGCACAGUUUGCAAGGUGAAUGGGCUUCAUUAUGUCCUCCUUUGUCCAUGUACUCUGAAGAGAAAUACCAAACUAUCACAAAAACCAGUACAGGAAAUUAUUGGCAAGGAUUUUUUUUAAGGAAAUCCAGACUUGAAACUGGUUGAACAUUGCUGUUAAACUCAAAUGAAUCAAUUUUAUGAUCAUAUCUAUGCUUCAUUCUCAUAUGUACAAAUGUUUGCUUUGUGAUUUAAUAUUUAUUUUCUGAAUUGUUUGUCCCAAAUCGAAAUCGUGCAGCUACACCAAAACAGUGAAGCUGUCCCUUACCUUUUAAAGGAGAGAUGCAUUAUCUUUGCUCGGCAAACGUGAGAAGGCCAAUUCAUGCUUUUGUGCCUUUGUUGGGCUGAGUUUACAGGGUGACAAAUGUGAAAAAAAAUAUCACAGCACAGGAAUGUGUGCAAUAGCCAGUAGUAAUCAAUGGUUCUGAACCCUGAGGAGUUCAAAGAAGUUUGUUUAAAGGUACAUUUUUGGAAUGAGCUAUACAGUAUAUAUAUGAGUGCAACAUAUGUAAGUAUUGAAUUAUGCUUACCUCAGCACUACCAAGGGAUUCACGGACCAAAAGAAUGAUACAUUUAAACAAUGAAAGGCUCGUUUGACCAUAUAUCACUGAGAGUUGAAGGGCAUGAUCAAAAAAGGGAAGUCCAGUUUUCAAGAGCCAUGAUAUCUGGACAUUUUUGAGUUACUUAAAGGUCAGGGGUUGAUGGUUUAUACAAGGAGAUCCAGGUAAGCCUAGUUUCUUCAGGUAGAAAUGCUGAUAUGAGUUAUGGAGGAAAGGAGCACGUCAUGUGGCUGUUAACAUGGAGUUUCCCAUAGUAUCUGGAUAUCUGUUGAGAAGGUGAGGGAUCCUAUGUCUAACUGUAUGUUUCACUUGAAAGUAUAAUUGUUUGAUACAUAUUGUAAAUGUUAUUUACUGUGACUUGGACUUAAAUAGAUACAAAAAUGAUCAUGGUUUGGUAUGAAUAUGUAUAUGGAUUCGGUAGCUGUUUUACGUGCUUAGUGAGACCCGUUACAUCUGUACAAGUAUCUAAAACUUAAAUUACUGACUGAGAUUGUCAAAACCAUCGUCUUCCCCAAGUCAAAAAAAUGAAACUUUUUAGCCUCUUUAAAACUGAUUAUAUAUAGGGAAAACAGGAUUUGAUGUACAGUACAUUUCAAGGAUAAUUUCUGUGAAAUUGUGUAGAACUUUAUUAAUGUACUGUAUUUGGUUAUUUUUUUUCAGUUCUCUCUUUUUAAAAUAAAACUGAAGUUAAUCCUCA